GGCAGUGGGAUAAAUUGAACUUGGUCAAAACGCGCUUGUAUUGGCUUCUAUUUGGUUUCGGCAUUUAACAAACUUUUCUACAAAUUCUUCAGCCCAAACGCCCGCCGUAACGAUGUUGGACAACCUGAUUGAAUUUGCAAACUAUUGGUGGUUCCGCUACUUAAUGGUAACGGAACUGUAUAUGGUGGAGAAAUGGGAACGUGUUACCAUUCACGUCAUAUUUAUGGUCUUGUUCUGUGUUUUCGGAUAUUUCAACUAUUCGGUACUGCUCUCGUUUGCCGGUUUAUUUGGACCUAAAUCAGGCAUUGCGGAUAUUUUACCAACAGCAGCAGCAGCCGCCCAAGUGGCAGGACAAGGCGUCAAGGUCAUUUAAUGUCUCCAAUGACAUACACCACACCAAAUGCAUACAUGUAUCAAUUUAAUUUGUUCAAAUAUUUAAAUUAUCUAAUAUGCAUACAUAUGUGUAAUUUGUGCCUCUUCAACGCAACGCAACGCAACGCAACACUCGCACUUACCAAGUGUGGGCCCAGAGCUUUAUCUAAUCCACAAGCGCUUUACAUCAAUCAAUCAACCUAUAAGCACCUUGUCAGGUGUUUGUGGUACCUACAGAUACAAAUAUACAUAUAAACAUACAAAUAUAUAGAUAUAGAUAUGUUAAUCGCCAGCUGAUCCAAAACUGAAGUGGCUUUAAAGAAGAGACCAAAGUGCAGCGCCACAGCAGUCUGCGGAAGUGUCAAUCAGACAGCCAGUAUUUAAACUAAGAAAAUAUUAUCUAGCCUUAGUUACUUUUGUUUCCUUUUUUUUUUCUUUGUAUGUAUUAUGUGUAGUCUCAGGCGCUCGAGUUUUGAUUUUAAACAACAACUAAAUAAAUAUAAAAAUAUUUACACUUAUAAAAACCAGUUAAAAUUGAAUCGCUUGAAUAAACUAAAUAAAUUUUGAUAGCUACAUCCGA